AUGUUGUUGUAUACUCGAUUAGCUCCACCAAAAAUUCCAAAGCGCCGUUCUAGAGCUGGAUGUAACUAUUGCAAAGAAAAGAAGAAGAAGUGCGAUGAAAUCAGACCUAUAUGCAGUCGCUGCCAGGACCAUGGGCAGAGCUGUAUAUAUGAGCCUAUUAAGCCGCGCCAACGGCGGAGGCAAGAUUCUUUCGACGACUCAUCAGUGAAUGCACUUUCCUCUGUGGUUUUGGAAAACAAUACGCUAUCUCGAGCCGCCCAGAAACGAAUGUCUUUUGAGCAAUGGGAAGAUGCUCUUCUGUGGUGCUCCGACACAUAUCUCGGCAAUGAUCUCACCGUGGAUGGCCGCAUGCAGCAGCCGACUUUAGCUAAAUACGGUGAAGAUGUUGCGGAUGAGAUAUUUACGACAUGGGCCCCUAACACAAUAGAAAACGAUGGCUGUUUGGAUAUCACCGGGCUGGAUUUCGAUGCGGUCACGAGCCCUGCAAAGCAGGAGACGGAGCAUGACGAUGCCGAUGACGAUGACGACAACCAAACCAUCACCCUCAUCGACGAUGAAGCUUCCAACUCUAACCCGCACAAUUCUUCUCUCGCAGUGGUCGCCUCCACAUCGACUGCACCUUCUUUCCCCGCCAUCGAACUUGUAAUGCCCGCCUUUGCCGAAUUUUCUCGACAGACAAAUAGACGAGCGCUGAUUGAUCACUUCGCCAAUGUGCUAUCUCAUCUCAUUGUCCUACGUGAAGACGAAGGCAAUCCGUUUCAGCAGCUUGUUUUACCAUUAUGCCAAAAGAGUCCAGUUGUUUUAAACGCUGUUUUUGCACUGGCUAGUGCUCACAUGGAACACCGAGGCGUACGAAACAACGAGAAGAGCAUCCACUUCCACAACCAUGCCAUCCGUGGGCUGUCUUCUCUGAUAGCAAAGGGGUGUGAUUCAAGAAGAAAUGAAUUAUUAGCUGCCAUCAUCCUGUUAAUUUAUUAUGAGGUGCUGGUUCAAACUGGCCGCUCUAAUAUCGUCGACGGACACCUGCGAGGUGCUGUAGCUAUUAUGUACAAUAGCCAAGCAAUGUCUGAUCCAACCGCAGUUUUCUUAGAACGAGCCUUCCGGUUCUAUGACGUUAUCACAGCACUAUCCUUUGGCUCUACCCCAAUCCUGCCCGCACCAGACAGCGGAAAUUUUGCUCCAUUCCCUCCCGUUGACUGCCGUGGUGCUACAGUCUCCGCAGGAGCUGAUGCACUACUUGGAAUGGCUACUUCUUUAUGGCCCAUUAUACACCGACUCUCGACUCUAGGCGACUUGAAGCAAGAACUCCAUUUGGCUGAGCUACGAGGCGAUGCUUCAAACAUAGCAAUACUUCGAACGGAAUUUGCGACGACGGCUUCUGCAGUGGAGCUUGCUCUACAGGAGUGGGCUCUUCCACCAGAGGAAUCUUCGCCAAACGAGGAAGAAAAUGUCACCACAGCCAGCAAGCGUAUGCAGAGCAUUGUAAACAGCGCAAUGGCAUAUCGACAUUCUGGAUUUGUUUACCUUUACCGAACCAUCUACGGCCGUUCUCGGCGGCAUGCCGUUGUGCAACGCCACACGCACAUCAGCCUUCUCCAUUGUAUUGGAACCGUGAAUAACGAAGGACCCAUGGGCGCUCUGCUUUGGCCACUCUUUGUGGCCUCGUGUGAGGCGAUUGAUCCGGUGGACCGAGAGAUGUCCCGACAAGCAUUUGCGGCUGUUGGGCAGCGACAGGGAAUGACCAAUAUCGAGCGAGCAAGGUGUAUAGUGGAGGAAGUUUGGAGACGAGCGGACAAUGGCGAAGAUAUCGAAGAGGAAAUAAUACAUGUUGAUGAGCGAAAGAAGGAUUUAUGGAGGAGAGUCAGCGAAGAUAUGGGGGUAUCGGUUGUCUUUGGAUAG